AUGUCUGAAGCUCAAGCAAUUGUAUUACCUAGCGGAUACGAAGAUGAGUUUGUGAAUGCAGUGGAGGAAGAUUUGCUUUGUUCAAUCUGUCAUCUGGCAUUGAAAGAGGCCGUACAGACGGGAAAAUGUGGGCAUAGAUUUUGUAUGCAGUGCCUUGAUGAACACUUUAGGAGGUUCGUGAUUCAAUCUAUUGUUGGUAAUUAUAUAAAUUAUCUCAAUGUUCGAGUUUUAUAUGCCAUCAGAUAUUCUCUAUCCAGAAGUUACUAUAUUUGAACCUCCCCUGACUUCGACUUAAGGAAGCACGACGUAGCGAUGAAUGUAGAAGUUGCGAGCUACGUAGAUCUACUUAAGUCGACAGAAACUUUGAUUUUGCAAGAAAGGGAGGUUAUUAGCAAUGACCCAGUGAAAUCGUACCCCAUUUCUGUCGAUGUUAAAAUCAUACUAUCUCUCAAAAGGCCAAUAAAGCGCAAUUAAAUGCAAUUUAUUCCUAGAAAGAACCGGCAACUUCCUGUAUUAAUAAUCAGGCUGCUUAGUACUGCCUGCAACUGAAAUUCACUUAGUUCUCACUCAUUUAGAGAGUUGACUGUCGGGCAAGCGCAACGAAGAUGGGGCUGUGCAAAGUAUUAACAUAAUAGUCUAAAGAGGUAAAACAACACGGUUUUGAGUCAUUUAAGUUCACCUAUUUUAACAAAACAACGCAUAACUCAAUUUUCGGAAUCGAUCGAGUUCUGCUUCAAAUCUCACAAUUAUUGUCUUGAUUGUUAGCCAAGAUUCUUACCGAUGCAUCAGAGGCUUUUUUCUUUCUUAUAUUUGUUGCAAAUGCAUGAGGCGUUCUUUCAAAACUCCAGCCCUCUACCUGUUGAUAUUUUGUUUUCAAUUACAGUUGUAGUCAUGUGAUGGCUUUGUGCUUUACCCACGGCAGACAUGCACGGUUUGCUUCUGAGAAAAAAAAAACAUGAAAAGAAACUUUUGACCCUGUCGUCAAAGGCGUUUUGUAAAGUUCAAGUAAUAUAUGAAGCAUGAGGCUCAGUGUUUCAUGUAAUAUAUCAAACAUGAGACGCAGUGUUUCAUCACCAGAUGAAACACCGAGAAGAGAGUUGAAAAUACGACGCGCAGCGGAGUAUUUUUAACGAACUUCGAGGUGUUUCAUCUGGUGAUGAAACACUGUGUCGAAUGUUUGAUAUUUCUUCUCAAACAAAAUCAUUUUUGAAGGAGAAAUUAAGGUUGCAAAUACUGAGCAGUUUUUCAUCCGAUUUCCAAACACUCAUUAAACAUUAAUUUUCUUUAUGAAUUAUUAAUGAGUUUGAGAAUACCAGAUGAAACACUGAGAAAAGGUGUUUUUUAUCUUCGAGGUGUUUCAUCUGGUGAUGAAACACUGUGUCGAAUGCUUGAUAUUAUGUUUCUUAAUAUACUACUACAUGAGACUUGAUUGGCUUAGAGCAGUGGUAUUUCAGCUUAAUUUGAAAUACCUACAUGUAAAAAUUACAAAACUUUCGUGGGUAGUAGUAUAAAUAAAUAAUAGCAUGUAUUUGGCGUAAAUACCACUUGUGAUAUUUGAAAACUGUCUCAAAUUUCACUCGCCUAACGGCUCGUGAAAUUACGUAUAACGAUUUCGAAAUAUCACUCGUGAUACUUAUGCCAAAUAUCACUACAAAUCAUGCUAUUACCUAUACAAACAAAAUGAUUUUAGAAGGCGAAAUUGAGGGUUCAAAAAUGAGCCAGUUUUUCAUCUGAUUUCCUUUGUAUUUUCUUAAUGAAUCAAUAUUAAUGAGUUUGAUAAGAAAGUUUGAAAUCGGCUGGUAAAUGUGAGCUCAUGGGAGCGUGAUAAUUGUAAUAUUUUGUUAUUGUUUCGUUACUUAACAAUAAGUUCAUGCGUCAGCGUGCCUAUGUCGAGAUAUUGAGCACGCGGGAAGUUUGGAGAGCAUGAAAGAGGCGUAAGAGUUGCGCCUCGUGCAACUCUAACCUCUUGAGUGCUCUCCAAACUUCUCAAGUGCUCAAUAUCUUGACAUACGCACAGCUGAAGCAUGAACUAAUUGUUGUAUAACAUUAUCAAAGCGAUAAAUGCAGCAGUUAACUUAAAUUUUUCUUCUUGAAGCGCGCGCUCAAAGCAGUACUCGUCUGUGUCUACGUGACUACAUAUUUUUUUACCUCAUAGCUAUGUUUUUGUCUUAGUGAAACUGAGAGAAAGUUUAAUCAAGUCGCUUAAGAUAACAGUAAAAAAGAUUGUAAAAUCGACAUUGACUGUUCCGGAAAACUAUUCCUUAGAAUAGUUGUCAUCUGCUCGCGCAGAUGACAACAACAACCUCACCUCUUUUCCCUACUAUUGGUUGGUAAAUUCAAAAGUUUUCUCUUAAAUUUACGUUAUAAAACACAUGGUUAACGCUUCAUUGUGUACUGUUAAGUUAUAGUUGCGCUUGGGAGACGUCUUGGGAGGAUUGCUAAGCUUACGAGAACUCGACGUAUAGUUUAUUGACGUCAUCAGCGUGCUCAAUGGGAAUAUGAAGCACGCUCGCGCUAUUGAAUUUGAAUAGGCGAAUAUUCUAGCUAUGUUCUAAGAAACUUUAGUUUCAGGGACCGCGGAGCAAGGUGAAAAGUGGCAGGGCUGACAAUUGAAAAUAACUUUUUCAUGUUGAAAAUCGAAAAAAGGAAUAAAAACAUAGUAUUUGAUUUGUUUCUGUCGCGUGACUUUGCAUACUUUAUCCAGUGUAUUUGUUGCUCUUUAUAGGUCGGCCAACAUACACGGUCAGUUCAGAUUCAAUGCAAGAAAAGACGCGAUUACAAUUUUAGUAUAGAAAAUACUACACUGAAGUGAUCUGAAAAAUUUCUAACUAUGGCCGUUCACUGUUUAAGUAAUGUAAUUCUUCUUGCCAUCGAAUAUUUCAUUGAUUCGAAAGGAGAAACUGACCAAAGAUAAAACUUUUAUCAACUCAAAACAACUACUCACCUUCGUUUGGCUUGAAAAAGCUAGUAAUUUUCUUCAUUUCGUCUGAUAAAAAUGAUAGAAAACUCUGCCGGAGCUGGAAGUACAAAACACGCUGCCGAAAGAAGCGAAGGGGUGGCCAAGGCAUGGCGUUUGAUCAAGGGGCAAGUCGGCCCCAGAGCACAAUUACUGCGAAAAGCACAGGAGCCCCACAAAAUGCCUGGCGUUUGAAAUUAAAGAAAAUACAGAGAAUAUAGCGGAAUAUAGACGGAAAAAAACUUGUUUCAAGUUUUUUUUUUAAUUUUAAUUAUUUUUCUUUUUAGCGCAAAAAGUGGGGGCUGGGGCGCAAAAAUGUGAUGGGGCCGCCUCCCUACCAGCCCCUCCCCCUCCGCGGUCCCUGAGUUUAUUUAACAAUUAGUGAAUGAGGCUGAGUAUCUUAUAAAGAAUUAUGGAGAUCGAAGAGGGUGUUAUCCGUGCUUUUAGACAAUCAGAACUGGGGAAAUAUUUUGAAUGAAUAAUAAUUUCCGUUAAUACUGCUCUCAGUGGAGUCAACUUCAAAAUAAUAUUUCUUGCUCGAAAGCCUCAUCGAAAUACUCGAAUUUCGGGGGCGAGUUUCUUUCGUUUCACCCUCACCUUUUCCCUUUUUGCUGCUAAAAGAGAAAGACAGAAUAUGUGGACAAUGGUGAAGAGAGCUGUCAAAAACUGUUAGGGGGACAAACACGUUUUCAAAAAAUCCAGCAUUACAAUCCGUUUUCUUGAAGUUUGUCCAUCCGUGCUUUCUUUUUCGUCUUGAUCGGUUAUUUUUAUGUUUCAACCAAUUUGGUGGGCAAAACUUCCUACGGUUCGAAUUUUUCUUCCAUUCUCUUAUUUUGAUUGCUACAGACUGAAGCUCAAAGGGAAACCGUUAAAUUGUCCUGUGGAUCGGAACAUCCUAAUACGAGAUAAGGUAGGUGAUCAUACAACAACAAACUAUGGAAUUACCUCCUAACAAUAUUAGAGCUAUUCCAGAGUUAAGCAAAUUUAAAUUAGCCAUUUCUGAUCUCAAAUUUGAUGCUGACUGCUACACAUCUGUUGUUAAUCUUAUCAAAUUUUAUCUUAAUUAUUCAGUUCAUCAAUACUUUUUUAAUCCGGCUUCUGUUCUAAUACUAUUGAUAUUUAUUUUUUAAAAAUAAUUAUUUAAUAUUUGUAAUAUUUAUUUUUAUAUUUUUAUUUUUGCUAUUUAUCCUCCGAGAUAUUAGCAUCUUGUUGCUUAUCUUUCAAUUCGAUAAUAAAUAAAUGUUAUUGAAAUUGAUUGAAAUUGAGCAACAACAAGUUUAUUCAGUAUUACAAUUAUACCAUUUCUAUACAUGUGUUACCGAUUGAAAUACAAAUAGCCAGGAGCGGCUCCUGAGCUGGUUUAUUCUUUUCUACUUAUUGUCCUUAAUCAUAAACCAUAUCUCUCCUGACACUGUACUGUCCGAUUCGCUAGUUUAAUGAGUAUAUUGGGUCCGGUUCGCUGAUUAUUUAUGAAGAAUUGUGCGAAAAAGAAAGUACAAACUAGACUAAGUCUGAGGCUUGUCAUUCGCGCCAUUUUAUUAUCUGCGUCCAUCUUCGCAUUUCUUUUCUAACACCAUCCCAUCGCCAGUUUAAAUACACGAUGAGAUUCUGGACGCUAUCACUUAAACGUUCUUUACUCCCGGUUAUUUACGGCGAGGAACAAACGCAAGCGUAAGCGUAGUGCCUCGACAUAUAUAUACAUAUAUAACUACAACGUUUUAGGUGGUUUUGAUUCUCUUUCGCAACUGUUCUCCAGGAAAAUGGCUCCACUACUGUCUAGACAAAAUUUACUUGAGAGGGAAUGGGUAAAAACCACUAUGUAAAAUGUUUAUGCAAGCAUUCUAGCAAGAAAAUGGACGAAGGUUAAUAUAACUUGUUAUUUUCUCCGAGGACAUUUUCCCUGACAAAGCAACAGACAGAAAGAUUCUUUCCUUCAUCAUCAAAUGUCCACUCGAAGGUUGCCAGUGGACUGGGGAACUGAGGUCAAAAACUGUAAGUUGUGUAAAUCCGUGUUGUUUCUUCCAACUUUAUUUACCGGUAGAAUAAAAAAAUAAAUAGGACUUUUAUUGACAGUGACUAAAGUUUUGUAACUUACUAGUGCUUCAGGGCAGGUGCAAUUAUAACGUUUGUAGAGGUAGCGUUGGAAGACGUAUGUCCACAGCUAGAUUGCAGCGACGACAUGAGAUGAGUUCAGCUGUAAAUUCUUCAUAGGCUUGUUGCAGCGAACUACUAGGCUCAGCGUUCUAAGGUUUAAAAAUACUUAUACUAAACGAUAUAAAAUUUAUGUUUGAGAAAGAUCAAUUGGUGCUGACUGUACAUUGUUAAAAGCUACGUGCAAGCGGACGCAAAAAUGUAUAUCAACAUGUUGCUGUCGGCAAUGGAAGAAAAUGAAACGAAAUUUACUGUUUCACACCAUAGUAAAACCAUGUCUUCAUCUCUCGUAUGAACUGGUCAGGUGGCCAUUCUUCAACCAAGGGUGACCACUUAACACAGGCUUGAGUGCAAAAUCUUUAUUGCAUUUUAUUUAGUCUCAUCAGGCGAAGUGUAGGAAAGUCCUGCUCAGUUGUUCCCAGCGUUGCGGAGCUGUCAUAGCUAGACAGGAGGUAAGUUCUGUACAAUAUAUAACCAUUCAAAAAUAAAAAGCGCCUACCUUCUUGAUCAGUGACAGGUCUCUUACGAUUUAUGAAAAUGAACCUGCGUUCCUGAUAUUCUGGGGGUGCGUUUCUUGCUAGAAUUCAAAAACAGAUUUGUAAUCUCAGAUCCUAUGGACUCUUUACUAUGAAAGAAAUGGAAGAUCCGAAAAAAAGGAUCAUUGCCAUGACAAUGUCACCCCUUUGUGCUCCUCACGGAAAUGAUAUGUUCUAAUGAAAAAUGGCGUCACCAACAUUGGUUCAGUUUUAAUGUCAUACAUGUUCGGCGCCUGUUGUCAGUAGCCCGUUUUUGUUCGGAAAACCGCUGGUCAAAAUUACUGUUUUUAAAUCCUUUCCCAGAAUAAAAGCUCAAUUGGUGAAUCUCAAAAAUGCGGAUUUGAAUUUGAUCCGAGGAAUCCACCCAUAGUGUGGAUUACAAGGAUUCUUGAUCCGUUUUUGGAUUUGCUCAAAAACAAGCAAAAUCUUCUCUGAAUUCGGAAAUCCCGAUUUGGAUUUUCCCCAAAAAACUCACCCUUAAACUUCGCUAGAUAAAAAAAAAAACGGCUAGCAUGUUACCUACUUAGUUUACCGCGCCACCUGUUUGCAUUCUUUGUCUGUUUUUUUUUCUUCAGUAGAUCAGAGGUUUUCGAGGGGAGGUUUAAGCGAUUUAGAAACGGAAAAAUGGUUUUAAUGAAUAUAUAGUAAUUGGAACUAUCUUUUAAAAAUUUAAUGCUGGAAUCCUUUCAAUAACUCAGAAGGGUUUUUAAAAUUUAUCAGAAGGUAACAAUCUGAGUGUAAUUCCUUUGUGCGUAGAUAAUAACAAACUUUACUUCACAAGAUUAAUUUUUUUCCAGAAGCAUUGAAAAUGAGACAUAUUACAUCAUCUAAGCGUGUUCAGUCGAAGCAAAAGUGGCCCGAAGCUAAGUCUCAUGACUAGCGUGAUCUUUCUACGUAGUUCUCCUUCUUUAGUUUGAAGACUCUUAUUAAUGAAAAGAUAGUCCUAAGAGAGCUCAUUGUUGAGUAAAUAUGAACAUGACCAUUAGAAAAGUGAUUGGGACGGGGGGGGGAGGUUUGGCCCACAAAAGUUUUUCCUUUGGGUUUCACCACUUUGCACAACUGUUUUUGGAGAUAUUUUCCAGUGCUCGAAUUUUUUCUUUUUUUUUCCACUUUACCAUCACUUUUCUAAUGGUCCGUCCCUAAAAAAUCAUUAAGCAGCUGCAUUCACGGGACUUAACGUUCUCUAAGCCGAUUUCUUACUGCAAUUGUCAUGGCCAGAAGAUGACUUCAAUAGGACUCAUUUUUCAGAUUUCAACCCAUAUUGAGAAGGAAUGUCCACUCAGCAUGAUAUCCUGCCCUUAUGAUCAUAUGGGCUGCCCGGCUAAGGUAAUACUAAUAUAGGAAGGCGGCGGGGAGGGGAAUUGUCGAGCCGCAUGAUAUUUUAUUUCUGGUUAACAUUUCCCUUAUAUGAUUUUUUAGGCCAUUGUAUGAAUAUCUCUUAGGUUACUUGGCGUGCAUGAAUUUAAUUUUCCCUUGCACGAAAAUGUUUUUGCACUUCUCCCGCUUCCCCUAAAAGUUUUCUAAUGGUCCGUCCCUGAGGCAAAACAAAAGGAGGACGCAUCUUUUAUUAGUGCUUUCAUUCUCAUUUUAAUCAUUAUAAUCUGGUCUUUUUACAAACUUUGACUAUCACAAAGCAGUGUUGUUUAAGUGAGGUUAUUAAAUAUCACAUGGGUUGGUUGAAGGUCCGAAUAAAAAUAAACUACGCACCGAGUUUUUCCCCUCUGAUCGAUUUAUGGCCCAAACACUUGUCCGGUUAUUUUCAAAUGGAUGUGGAUCUAGAAAAACAGGAAAUAGACGCCUUUAAAGAAAGAAGAGUGAAAAGACAAACAAUUCGUAAGGUAGACUAUCAGUAAAGGGAAACUUAAAGCCAGACUAUCAUACAACACAAACUAUGUCAUCCCCUCCUGAUUACAAUAACCCUAUAUCUUUGUGCCACACCAGUGCUUUUCUUUAUAUAACCACUUGAAAUUUUGAAAAUUCCAGCUUCUACUAAACUUUAAACGUUCAUUCGUUAACGUUUCUAUCACUCCAGGUUCAUCGAAAAGAGGUUGAAUCACAUCUUCAAACAGCCUUGAGAUUGCAUCUUGACUUGGCUUGUGCGAGAUUAAGAGACACGCAAGGUCGGUUAAAUGACACGCAAGUACAGCUGAAUGACACUAAAGCUCAGUUAGGUAACCUACAAAAAGAGUUCAAAGAGACCACACGAGAGCUUGAGAAGAAGAUUCACGCAGUUCUAGAAAAAAAAGCUCAAUAUUCUGAAGGAAAUUGUCAUAAUCAUUAUGGUUCUUUUACGUGGAGGAUAGACGACUUCAAUAAACUCUUGGAAAGUGCUAAAAGUAAUGAAAUAACCCACAUAGAAAGCUCCCCAUUUUACAGUUGUGGAUAUAAAUGUAAGUUACAAAUGAAUCCAAAUGGCUUUAGUAAUGGAAAAGGCACUCACCUGUCCCUUUACUUGGUAAUGAUGAGAGGUGAAAACGAUGCCACAUUAGAGUGGCCUUUCCGCAAAACAGUGAUUAUUACGUUAAUUGAUCAACAAGACACUGAUAAUAGCAAACAGAAUAUAGUUGAGUCCUUUCAUGUACCGCACCCUGAGCGCGAUCCUAGGCUUUUAGAACAACUCAAGAGGCCUGUGUCAGUUCAAAACUCCUCUCGCUUUGGUUAUAAUAAAUUUGUAUCUCACAAAGCCCUGCAAGAAAGGCGUUACAUUGCAGACGAUGCUAUUCUUAUUCAGGUCGCCUUCACCUAA